AUGGAUCUUAAUGAUACUAAGAGAACAUCUUUGAUAAAAACCUCGAAUGAUGAUAUUUCAUUAUCAAAAACUAAUAUUUCCAGUAAUGAAAAUUUAUUAGAUGAUGCAACUAUUGGUCACAUUUUGAAUAUGCUUGAUCAAAGUCAAGAUUCAGAAUCUCUUGAUAAUUUAUUUGAAAUUCCUUCGAAAUUAAAUUAUGGCUAUGACUAUGCUGAAAACGUAGAAGACUGUUCUCAAGAUUUUAUAGUAAAUAAUAAUGAUGAUAAAAGUUCUACUCCUCGCCGUACAAAAAGUAGUUUGAGUAGGAAAAGAUCUAUUCGUCAAAAAUCUCUUGAUAAUAGUUUAUCCAGAACUUCUACAAUGAACAGUAAUUCAUUCUCUGAAAUUUCUGAAGAGGAUCUUAAAGAAUCUGGUACAGAUACCACUGGUUGUUCUUUAAAUCCUACAAAACGCACAAAGUCAGUUAAAUCUUUAAGAAAAUCAUUCAAGAAUUCUAAUCAGAAUAAAAAUAAUUUGACAGAUGAUAAUAAUAAAACGUGUGAUGAACGAAACGAUGGUACUAUCGAUGAAAGUAAAAAAGAUGUUAACGAUAGAAAUAGUGGAUAUUCAAAUUUUUACUUGGCAAUGCCUAAUGGACAGUGGAGGGUUAGAACCAGAACUGCUUCAAGAAAAAUUACAG